AUCGGUACCCAAUUAUAAGUGCUGUCAAGAAACUUGUGAGAAGCUCCUCAAAUAUCUUUUCACUCAGAAAGAGAUAGUAAAAAGAACAAAGAUCAAAGAAAAUGGCAGGGAAAGAAGAGGAGGAAUUAGCAUUUCAAGUCCAGUUAGAGAUUUUGAAUUACGUUACAUCAGGAGUAGUGUCUUGGCUACUGAAAUGUGUUGUGGAUCUUCGCAUAGCUGACAUUAUACACGCCCACGGUGGCCCGAUGACAUUGUCGGAAAUAGCUUCCAAAAUUUCCGACGCACCGUGUCCUCGUAUCCAAUGCCUCGAACGAGUUAUGAGACUGCUGGUCCACAAAAACAUCUUCGCCGCACAUCGUCCAUCGGACGGUGCAGGAGAAACUCUGUACGGCCUCACGGAUCUGUCCAAAUGGAUAUUGCAGGAUUCCAAGCCAAAUUUCGUGAAGUUCCUGGAAUUUUUAAACCAUCCAGACUUCAUGAGACCAUGGCAGUACCUAAGCCAAUUUCUCAGGGGCGGUGAUACAUGUACUAUCCAGGCCUUUGGUUGCACAAUGUGGGAAUUUGCAGCAGACAAGCCUGAGCUCGACCAGUUACUAACUGAUUGCAUGGAGGGCACCGUGGAUACCUAUACCAAAGCAUUUAUAGACGCGUAUAAAGAAGAUGGUGGGCUGAAUGACAUUGGAACGUUGGUUGAUGUGGGUGGUCGGACAGGGAAAGACAUUUAUGAGAUCGUGAAAGCUUUCCCACACAUCAAAGGGAUCAACUUUGAUCUGCCCCGUGUCAUUGCCCUUGCACCCACCUAUGAAGGUGUUACAAAUGUUCCUGGGGAUAUGUUUGACUCUAUUCCUAGUGGAGAUGCUCUUUUGUUCAAGACUACACUGGCUGAUCAUCCUGAUGACAUAAUAGUGAAACUUUUGAAAAGUUGUCGUAAAGCGAUACCUGAGAAAAAUGGAAAAGUUAUUAUUAUGGAUAUUGUUGCUGAAGAGGGAAAAAAUCACGUACUUGAGGAAGCACAGAUGGUAUCAGAUAUGACAAUGUUGGUGUGCACAGCUGGUGGAAGGGGAAAAACAGAGAUGGAAUGGAAGAAGGUGUUCAAUGAAGCAGGUUUCCCUCGUUACAAAGUCAUGAAAAUUUGUGCCUUGCCUAUCAUUAUUGAGGUCUAUCCUAACUAGUUGAUCCACAAUAUCCAUAAUAUUAUUGAAGUCUAUUGUAUAAUAAUGAUGUGCAAUGUCAACGUAACUUGGCAUUAUCUAUCGCGUUUAGGCACAUUUUGUGUGUGUGGUAUGCUAUUGUUAAAAUAAAAUUGUAUCCUCCUUCUAGAAUUUGGAAUAAUGGAAAAUAACUCUUUUAGGUUUGGAAAAUGAGUAAAACCUUCUUUGUUA